AUGGCGACCUUGGUAAAUUACAAUCAAUCAACCUUCAAGAAUCAUGCAAAGCCCAAUAAACGCCGUCUACAAGAACUCCAACAUUCUGAAGCCCGAGCCCAUGCCGCCCGGGUGGCAUACUGGCGCAAGAAAGGCGUUCCGGAGGCGAAACCGGGGCCACCGCAGCGCAGAAGGAGCGACAAGAGCAGUGACGGAGGAUCCUCAUCUAAGGGGCCAUCCGACGACGCUGGAACCAUAAUCAAGCAGGAAUCACACAAGAUCCAUGAAAUCCUGCCUUGGAACUGUGACCCGUCUCCAGACUCGGUUCUUGCUGUAGAACCAGCAUCAGCUGCAGAUACCGAUCGUCAAUCAGAGCAGAAACACACACCAAGCAGCCAAUCCGGCUCAUUUCAACCACAAACCCUUUCAACUUCUCCACUGACCAAUGAGAAAUGGCAGCGUCGGCCAGAAACGACUUCAUUUUACGAUAGCAAGCUGGGAUUGCUUGGCGAGAUGCCGGUCGAUUCAAUCAGACUUGCUCGACAGCCGACUUCGCCACUAUUUGAACCCUUUGACUCUGCACCAGUCCGUCAAGGCAAUGAGGUUGUCGCAGCUAUGGACCACUAUAUCCACAACUGGGCGCCUUCACAACGACCUGGCCUCAAAUACCAGACAAAGGACAAUCCUCUUAUUCGGGACACUUUCCCUUUUGCACUACAGAAUGUAGAGCUAUUCGAAGCCGCUGUGGCGCUUUGUCUGAGUUUCAAAGCGGCAGGUCAAAACUUCCAGGCUAGGAUGUGCAACUGGUCGCUGUAUCACAAGGGUCACGCGCUCAAUGGAAUCCGGGCCAAGUUGAACUCGGGAUGUGUUGACGAGGCUGUUAUCCUUGCAACAGUCUUUCUCAUGAUCAUCGACAACGUGUUCUUGGAUGUCGACGCCUACGAGGCACACCUGCAUGGUCUCAGGAAGAUGGUUAAAGCAGCUGAACCAAGCACUAUGGAGGCAUUUGGAGGUUCUCUGUUGUCCUUUGUAUCCUGGGCUGAAUCUAAUGCUUUGCUGAUAUUCGGCGACCGCAUCGCCCUACACGAUCCUGCAUCUGACGGGACUUGGCUACAGUAUCCUAGCCCUCCGUUCCCAAUGGCAAUCACCAAGGCUGUUUCUACGUUGACCCCGGGAUUCCAAACCGUGGCGACCGAUGGUCACCUGUCUUAUGACGUUGUUUCCAUUCUCGCAAAUACUGUCCGUUGGACGAAGCUCAUCGAUCGAGAACCAGGGUCCGAGGCCCCUUCGAAGGAAGAUCAAGUCUUCCUAACGAGCUUGGACCCGCGCCUCCAAAGUGCUCAAGUCAUGAGAUUAUGUCGAGUUUCUGCAGCGGGGCGCAAAAUGGAAAGGGCAAUCUGCAAAGCGGUUUUUAUCUACCAUGCAAACCUCUUGGGCUGGACCUGUCGGUGCUCCGGGUAUCGUCGGAUCGUCGAAGAGCUCGGUGACGCACUACGUCUCUGGGUCUUUGAGGAGCCAUGGGACAGGGAAUUAUGGGAGUGGCUCGCUCUCGUGACGGCGAAUGCAGCACGGCGAGGCCAGUUGCAGCACUUGCAGAUGGAAGUGAUGGCCAAAUUUGUCUCCUUGGGAUACCCCACGCCCGAAUGGGACUUCAUUCGUGGGGUUCUGAAGAAAUUCCUCUUACACAGCAGAUUGGAACGUGAGUGGAAGUUCUGUUGGGAGACGGCGAUGAUUCUUCGACCGGGCUGA